AUGCGUCCAUUCAUUAUCCUUGCAGCUUUCUUUAGCCUAGGACUGGCUAAUCCAGUCGGAGGAUCUUCCGGAGAACUGUUUGAACGAAAGGAACAGGAAUGGGCAAAACAGGACUGGGCUAAACAGGACUGGGCAAAACAGGACUGGGCAAAACAGGACUGGGCAAAGCAAGACUGGGCAAAGCAAGACUGGGCAAAGCAAGAUUGGGCAAAGGAGGGCUCGGCAAAGCGAGACUCGGCAAAACAGGACUGGGCAAAGCAGGACUGGGCAAUGCAAAAUGAGGCUGCUAACUGGGACGGGAUAUUAGUAGCGUUCAUCGAGUCUCGCAUCUUUGAGGCAUACCAGAUUGCUAACCAGGAGAGGAAGCCGAAUGCCACGGCGCUGGCGCGUUAA